AUGGGUUUCUUUUUCAGGCACUUUGGCUUCCGCUUCGUGUCGGAGCCAGAAGAGGUGGCCUUGGACCUUCACCGCCUCUUCCUUUCCGCUGUGCGUGUGGCCCUGCAGUGGCGCUGGCCAGGAGAUGACAAAGCUACGACGGGUCCAGCGGAUGGUUGGCCAUUGCCCCUGUCCAUCUUGGCCGACGGCUUCUUGGACCCUGCCCGGCAUCUGCCCGCGCCUUUGCCUCCUGACGAAAAGGGUGUGAAGACAGGAGAUGUGUCCUUUCCCCUUCGGCGAGCAUUGCAGGCCUGUGCAGAGGACAGGGGCGAUGCGCACCAGGUAGCAGAGGCGCUGGAGCAGUUGGAGGCCAACAGCGCUCUCUGGCGCGAACUUCGCGCCGAAACCUGGGAGCGCUUGCGAGUCGCAGAUGCGCAAUUGAGGUCCUUCAGCAUGGAUGAGAUUGCGCGUUUGAGAUCGUGUGGUGGCAGCUCGCCGAUCAUGUCCCUGGCUGUGGAUUUGUUGCGCCCACCAUGGCUACAAAUGCCGCAGCAAGUGGCCAACGCAGCAGACAGGCUGAAGUUUUCCCCGGAACGGUCUGAGUCGGAGCCCACAGAGGAAAGUUCCGAUGCCCCAGCGGCAGAGGUACUCUGUACCGUCGACUGUCAUCCAGAUUUGGAUGAGACGGGGCUUUGCUGGCAUUGCUGGCACCGAGAUGAGUGCAAUGGUCGACCUAAUGAAAUUCAGGAACUGCUGGCGGCCGCCCGGCUGCUUGGUGCUGGCGCCGUGUUAGGCCACCGAGCUCGCCUGGUCGAGCAGCGCUGGCAAUACCCUCGGCGCCUGGCGUCCGCAGUGCUGGUGGCACUCGCUGGCCGAGGAUCUGGCGGAGGCGACGCGCGGCUGCUGGUGCUCGGUGGCCUCGGAGUCUCUGCGGUGGCUGCUGCCCGAUCUGGUGCCUUUGUUCACGUCCUGGAGCCGAACGAAACGGCCAGGGCGGCCUUGGCGCAGGUCUUCCGAGCAAAUGGAGUGGCAGAUCGUGUCAGUGUGGUGACUGAGCUGGAGUCGAGAUCCUUCGACAUUUGUGCCAUCGAAGGACUCGAGCCUGACGGCCUGUUGGGCUGCGGUAUGCUGGCGGUGCUGCAGCGGCUUCAGCCAAAGCUUGCUGGAGCGCAGGUUCUGCCCGUGACUUUGCACCUGGACGUGGCCUUGGCUGCAUCGCGGCUCACCGCUGCAGCCGGCAUUGAAGGAGCCGUUCGCCACGUCGCACGGCGGUCUCGCGCCCGUGCCCGUGGCGCUGAACCAAGGCGCUGCGACGCUUUUGCCCUCGCAGCUCUCGGAGUUUGGCGCCGCGUGGCGCUUUCCAGCGAUUCCAGUCCCAGCGAGCACAGCAUGCACGUCACAGAGCAGUAUCCGGUUGCAGUUGCUUCAGGAGGCGCAGGUGGACUCGCUUCUACUCAGAUUUCAUGCCGACUUUGGCGACAUGGGAGAAGGCUGGACGGGACAAAGCGUGCAGCAGCUGCCAGCUAG